UUUAGGCUGGCUCCAGAAGACUCAGACUGUGUUUGACUACCACCCUUUUGGAUAAAUAUUUUGGGAUUCAAGAUGAAUAAGACAAGGGCUGUUAAUGAUGUUUUUCAUUUCCUGAUCAACAAGAACUGGAGCUCAAGCCGAAGCUUUCCUAUGAACAUUUCUAAUCAGUGCAUGAACAUCACUGACCUUACUGUCUUUCUGGCCACCUCUUACAGCUUGGAAACUGUUCUGGGCAUUGUGGGAAACAUCUGUCUGAUUGCUGUCAUUGCCAGGCAGAAGGAAAAGGCAAAUGUCACCAAUAUCCUAAUUUCCAACUUAAUAAUUUCAGACUUGUUUAUGUGUCUUGUCUGCCUGCCUUUCACCGUUGUUUACACCAUGAUGGACUACUGGAUAUUUGGGGAAGUCAUGUGCAAAAUGACCUCUUUCACUCAGUGCACAACUGUGACAGUGUCAAUCCUUUCCCUUGUCCUUAUUGCUCUGGAAAGACACCAGCUCAUCAUAAACCCGACUGGCUGGAGGCCAAAUACCUCCCAAGCCUACCUAGGAAUCGGAGUGAUUUGGACUUUAGCAUGUCUCAUGUCCCUACCCUUUUUGACCACAUCCGUCUUGUCUAAUGAGUUGUAUGAGCAGCUCUCACACUUCAUGAAUUUUUCCACUGAUAAGGCAAUAUGUAUCAACUCGUGGCCUUCUGAGCAGCACAAACUUAUCUACACUACCACUUUACUGCUCCUGCAAUAUUGCAUGCCUCUGUUCUUCAUUAUCCUUUGCUACCUGCGUAUCUACUUACGCCUGCAGAAGAGAAAGGACAUGUUUGAGAAGAGCGAGUACAGCAACCGAGCAGUCCAGCUGAGAAGGAUAAACAUCUUGCUAGCAUCCAUGGUUGCUGCUUUUGCUGUUUGCUGGCUACCACUGCAUGUUUUCAACACCAUCGUGGACUGGAAUUACAAAAUCAUUUCACCUUGCCACCACAACCUGAUCUUCUCAUUGUGCCACCUGGUAGCUAUGGCUUCUACCUGUGUCAACCCUGUUAUCUAUGGUUUCCUAAACAGCAAUUUCAAAAAAGAAGUGAAGUCACUGAUUCUGAGCUGCCAGCAUAAUUCAGUAACAGCCUCAAUGGAAGAAUAUGAUCAUUUGCCUUUAUCCACCAUGCAGACUGAAAUUUCCAAGGGGUCACUGAUGUUGAACUGCAGGCACAAUUCUAUCUAACGAGCAGAAAACAUUUCAGAAGGGUGCACUGACACCACACACCAAUUAUUACCUGUGGGUAAUAAUAAAGCAACUGGCGAUGCCACAGCUGGGAUGUGAACAGGAAGCCAUCGCUACCUGAUUUUUUUGAAGAACAAGUAGAGUAAUGUUGUAAAUGUUCACAGUUGCUGCUGUGGUGCACAAGCUUUUUGUGUCACUGAGGUGGUACGGACACUGAGGAGACCGGGCUGAUGUAAAGCAGCUGCUCUAAGUUCAGUGCCUAAGUCUGGGUGCACAGAGGCUGACAUGGGUUCAUCAGCAAAAUUUGUAUCUCCACCAUGGCUGCAGUAGAAAACCAGAUUUCCAGUUUCAUCACUGCAGGCUGCCAAAAGUUGUGUUGGAGAAGACUCUCAGUUUUCCAGUAUUAGUAAGAUUUUUAUGCACAGCUGACACACCAGUGGAACAGAGUGUGAAUAUAAAUUUUUGUAAAUAUUUGUGAAUAUCAAUUAUGUAAAUAGCAAAUUUUUUUACCAACUCUCACAGCCCAUUAAGUAACAGUAAUCUUUCAGAUCUUCACAUAAAACAACUGCCUGUUUCUAUGAAACUUCACUCUCUGCCAUAAGCUUGAGAAAAGUCAUUGCCUCUGCAAGUAGGGACAAGGAACAAUGACCCUGGUAUGUAAAGAGGGACAAGGAACAAUGACCCUGGUAUGUAAAGAGGACAGUCACUUAUGAAGGAUGGCAGCAAAUGAAAAUGUUAUUUGAUGGAUUAAACUCAUAAUACAGUGAGAUGAUACUGAGAACUGUUUUUAAGCACAUGAAAAACAGUUGUAGAUCUACAUGGAAAUGAGUCAGUUCUGGCUGCUGUCAGUCACAAAGCUCUGCAAUGCUACAGCUUCACGCCAUGAUGGUACAAGAUGGCCAGAUUACAGGAGUUGUUCCAGGACCUGGUAGCAACAUGAUGUUCUGCUUCAGCACCUUCUUGGUACUUUAAUUGCAAAGUAUCUAAUUCAGAAGGUCAGAAUGAGCAUGAAAACCUGUUUGUGGAAAUAAUGUGUUUCCAGAGGGGCUAUAUUUGCAAAGAAAUAAGCAUAUGCAUGGAGACUUUGAGUUUUCUUAAACAAUAAAACCUGACAUCAGAUAUCAGUCCCACUCACUGGCAUCAGCAACACAGGUGAAGCUGAAUUUCAACAAAUCAAUAGAAGGUCAAUGAAAAUACACAGGUGGAAUCCAGGUCUGGGUGAAGCCAAGCCACAUAGGUAGUACUGUCAAUUGCUCUAGUAAAAUGACCUGGAUUCCUCUCUUAGUGAGAGACUUUGUGUGUGAUUACCUUUUGUAUCUUCCUCAACAUUUGGAAAGACAUUUUUGUGGUUUUUUUUUCAAAUGGA